AUGAUGGAUAGUGCACCUCCAUCUGGCAAUGCUUCACAAGCCACCGAUGAUUGUACAAUCUGUCUAAGUAGCCUGGCGUCUGGUACUCCACUUCUUAUAUUAUCCUGUGGCCACAGAUUUCAUUUCCAAUGUUUGACUUCGAACAUCCAAGCAGGACACAACGAAUGUCCCUUGUGCAGAGGUGCAAUCGAUGCAUUUGUCAUCAAACUGCUAGGUAAUCCUUGUCAACUAUCAACACAAACUCCGCAAAUGUCUCAACCUCAAGUUGGACAAGCUCCAACAAACGCUGGAAACGCAGCACCAGCAGCCAUAGUUGUUCCCUCGAUUGAAGAUCCAAUUGAUGAGGCUACGGCGGCAGCUAUUUCCGAACGUUUUCUUGCUGCUCGACAAGUGGCGGUCGCCUUGUUGAAUGAAGCCAAUAACUUGCCGUUGAUCACUGCUGUGACAACACUAGAAUAUGAAGGUCAAGUUUCUCAUGAAGAGUCAAAUAUAUAUGGCCUUGUCACUCUGCAAGCUCCACCUGUUUUACAAUCAAAUAACCUGUCAAUAAUUCAAUCGCGUGCUCCCAUCGAUCUUGUUUGUGUUGUUGAUCAAAGCGGAUCGAUGUCAGGAGAAAAAAUUACCUUAUUGAAAAAGACACUGACUGAUAUCGUCGACCAAUUGGGUGAACUUGAUCGACUGGCCAUUGUAUCAUUCAAUGAUGGUGCAUUUGAUCGUUCUCACGGACUCAAACGGGUGAAUCAACAAAAGUAA